GUUGAUUACUAUAGUCUGGGAAACGGGGUUGCUUCGUUUGGUGGACGUCGUCAAAUGGUUCCUUGCUCAUUGAAACUGAACCCCGGGUGGAUUUAAACUUUUAUAGGAUCAACCAUGUCAACAGCCUUGGAAAGUUACAUCAACCGCACUGUGGCAAUCAUUACAUCAGACGGGAGAAUGAUUGUGGGCACGCUCAAGGGCUUCGAUCAGACCAUCAACCUGAUCUUGGAUGAGAGCCACGAGCGCGUGUUCAGCUCAUCACAAGGAGUGGAGCAGGUGGUUCUUGGACUUUACAUUGUCAGAGGAGACAAUGUGGCUGUGAUUGGAGAGAUUGAUGAAGAGACGGACUCUGCCCUGGACCUCAGCAACAUCAGAGCUGAACCUCUCAACUCUGUAGUCCACUAAUGACCUAUCUACCACCACCUUCACCCCCACACACACAGCAGCGGUUGGGUGUUUUUUUUAAUCAGUGUAGUAGGCACGUUACUGUGCUGUAAAUAACCGGAAUCUCCCCCAACGUUCUAAACCCAUUACUACCUGUAGAAUUUUGGGAACUCUGUUGUCUGUUGGGUCACCGUUGAAACCUCGCCACGGUGCUCUGAAGGUGUCUGGAAACCUCUGUUCUUUAGUAAUGAUAAUAAUGAGAGCUGUGUGUAUGGAACUGAAUCCCUGUCCUUUCUGUUGACAUAUCGGAUCAAAGGAUCUUUAUUCAAUAUAGUGUUUUUUUUACUGUAAAUGGAAUAAAACGUGUUUAAUAUUUAA